AUGUCCGCCGUCAGCGCGCUCCCGUUCUUCCUGAAGCCCCUGCACGCGCCCCCGGACUCUCCGGUGUCUCCGGGCCGCCAGCGCAGACACACACUGCCCGCCAGCGAGUUCCGCUCCCUCAAUACCGAGGACGCCACGAGCGUGUUCGAGAUAGAGAGAGAGGCCUUCAUCUCCGUGUCCGGAGAAUGCCCCCUGUAUCUGGACGAAGUGCGCCACUUCCUCACCCUCUGCCCUGAGCUCUCCUUGGGCUGGUUUGUGGAAGGCAGGCUGGUGGCCUUCAUCAUCGGCUCACUCUGGGACCAGGACCGCCUGACCAAUGACGCCCUGACCCUCCACAAGCCUCACGGCACCACGGUCCACAUCCACGUCCUGGCGGUCCACCGCACCUUCCGCCAGCAAGGCAAAGGCUCCAUCCUGAUGUGGCGGUACCUGCAGUACCUGCGCUGCCUGCCCUACGUGCGCCGGGCCGUCCUCAUGUGCGAGGACUUCCUCGUGCCCUUCUACCAGAAGUCCGGCUUCAAGGUGCAGGGCCCCUGCGAGAUCACCGUGGGGCCACUCACCUUCAUCGAGAUGCAGUUUCCCGUGCGCGGGCACGCGUUCAUGCGCCGCAACAGCGGUUGCUAAGGCCUCUGCCACCGUUUGU